AUGGCUUCUUCUCGAGUGUCAAAUGAUGAAGAUGAUCUAGUUACUGUUGAAGAUAUUGAACAAUUAUGCAAUCAAAUGUCAAAAUAUGAACCAUGUUUUCGUAUAUCACUUAUUCAACAUCAUCUUAAACGAUUAGGUAUUUCAUAUAAUGAUGAACGUUUUGUUAAAUUACUUACAUUAUCAUAUGAAACUAUGAUUCGUUCAAUUGUUGCUGAUUGUGCUCAUGCAAAUAAAAAUAAUAAUACAUUAUCAAAAACACUUACAAGUGAAUUACUUAGUCAAACAUUACUUGAUACAACAAUAGAUAAUAAUAGUCAAACAGUAACAAAUUCACAACAAAAUACUAAUAGUACAUUAGAUCUAAAUGAUUUCUUUGAUUCGUAA